AUGGUGCGGGAGGAUGAGAAGGGCAUCCCAGUGCGCAUGGCGCUGCGCUGCCAGCCGCUGGUGCCCAAGGAGGCCGGCAAGGGCUGCCAGAUGUGCCUGUCCUUCGUGCCUGGGGAGCCGCAGGUCGUGGUGGGCAAUGACAAGGCCUUCACCUACGACUACGUGUUCGACCCGUCCGUAGAGCAGGAGGAGGUUUUAAACACAGCGGUGUCGCCUCUGGUCCGAGGCAUCUUCAAAGGAUACAAUGCCACUGUCUUGGCCUAUGGACAGACGGGGUUAGAAACCUAUUCCAUGGGAGGCAUCUACACUGCUAACCAGGAGUAUGAGCCCAGCGUGGGGGUCAUCCCCAGGGUCAUCAAGCUGCUCUUUGAGGAGAAACAGCAAAGGCAGGAUUGGGAUUUCAUCCUCAAAGUUUCUUAUCUGGAGGUAAAAGUUUGAUCUACAAUCCUGGACCUGCUGUGCCCCUCCCAAGAGCGUUCCCAGAUCAGCAUCCAGGAGGAUCCCAAGGAAGGCAUCAAGAUUGUGGGAUUGACAGAAAGAAAUGUCACCUGUGCCCAAGAGACCAUGUCCUGCCUGGAGCAGGGGAACAACUCCAGAACUGUGGGAUCCAUGGCCAUGAAUUCCCAGUCCUCCAGAUCCCACGCCAUCUUCACCAUCUGCAUUGAUCAGAAGAAGAAAAAUGAUAAGAAUUGCAGUUUUCACUGCAAGCUACACCUGGUGGAUCUUGCUGGCUCUGAGAGACAAAAGAAGACCAAGACUGAGAGAGACAGACUGAAAGAAGGAAUCAACAUCAACAGAGGCCUCCUGUGCCUGGGGAAUGUCAUCAGUGCUCUGGGAGAUGAGAAUAAAAAGGGAGGGUUUGUCCCCUACAGAGACUCUAAGCUGACCAGGCUGCUGCAAGACUCCCUGGGUGGGAACAGCCACACACUGAUGAUCACCUGUGUGAGCCCAGCAGAUUCCAACCUGGAGGAGACCCUGAACACACUGCGUUAUGCUGACAGGGCCAGGAAGAUCAAAAACAAACCCAUUGUCAAUGUGGAUCCCCAGGCAGCUGAGCUGCACCAGCUGAAGCAGCAGGUCCAGCAGCUCCAGGUGUUGCUGCUCCAGGCCCAUGGAGGGACCCUGCCCGAGGCUAUCAAUGGUUUGGCCUCCUCAAAGAGCCUCCAGUCCCUGAUGGAGAAGAACCAAUCCCUGCAGGAGGAGAACCAGAAGCUGAGCCAGGGGCUGAGUGAGGCUGCUGGGCAAACAGCACAGAUGCUGGAGAGGACCAUCCUGACAGAGCAAGAAAAUUAGAAGAUAAAUGCAAAGCUAGAGCAGCUCCAGCACCACGCUGUGUGCAAGUUGGAUCUGCAGAAACUGGUGGAGACUGUGGAAGAUGAGGAAUUAAAGGAAAAUGUGGAAGUGAUCCGGAACCUGCAGCAGGUGCUAGCUGAGCUCACCUUCAGCAAGGAGAGAGGGGAAGUCCUGCAGGACAUCACAGACCAGGAGGUACCCCUGAAGAUUCCCAGCAAUGCUGCCUUCCUGCUCGGGAGGGAUGAGGAGUCCUGGGAGAACCAGAACCCCUUUGGGAAGAAGAGGAUGCUGAGCAGCAACAUCAGCUUCUUCUCAGGCUGCACUCCCAUCAUGGAGUUUGAUUGA